UGUGGGGAUUUCUGCCACUCGUGUGCUUUCCUUGUUCAGUCGUGUACUGCCGAAGAGAAGCGCAUGAUGCCUGUUUAACUCUGUGAUGGAAGUACAAGAGAGAAUCAUUUUCCUUUUGAUCGUGAUAGUCUCAUCUGGUGCUGAGGAAGUGAAGAACUUGACAGGCACAGAGGGAGGGUCCAUCACUCUACCUGACUCUGUGAUGGAGCAGGGAUUUCUCUCCUUUGGAGGAACAAUUGUUGCUAUGGUGACUGAGAGGAAGUGCCAGACUUUUGUUCACAAGAAUAAAGUUCUCUGGAACAACAACACUGGACUCUUUACAAUCACAAGACUACAGAGGAGCGACUCAGGGAUUUAUCAUAUUGACAGUAAAACAGGAAAAUUUUUCACUAGAACUUAUAGAAUCACAGUGUAUGAGGCUGUCCCAACUCCUGCAGUGAUCACACUGAAUGUGAGUGCUGAGAGCUGCACCUUGCUGUGCUUUGUGGAGAAAGCUGAAGAGACGACUCUGUUGUGGUACAGAGACGAGGACAAAGUGAAUCAGAGCAGCGUCGCUCUCUCUCUGCCUCUCACUGUACACCAACAGGAUUUCAGCUCCUCUUAUAGAUGUGUGGCUGCAAACCCUGCUGAACAGAAGACUCUUCUAGUCAAUGUUGUGAUAUCCUGUGGUGGACAGAACAAAACGGACACCAGCCAAAGCCAUAUGGCCAAAGUUGUAAUCCCCAUCGUGACCACUUUAGUUGUUAUAUUAGUUGUUAUUGUUGUUGCCUUUGUCUUCAAGUGUUUGAACAAAAGCAAGAGACCCACCAAUCAAACACAAGGCAGAGGAGCAGACGGCACUGAGCAGAGACGACGUACAGUAUACUGACAUACUUGUAUCAGAAGACAGACACAACCAGACAGAUCCAUCAGGACCUGCUGACCACUCCAAUCUCAGAACAGUUUAUGAUAAACUGGAGGUUCAUCGCAUGGCUCCCAUCACCAGUGAUCAUUGUUAGGAAAAGAAGAACAGGAGCUGAUAGUACUCUGCAUUAUUUUGAAAGACAUUAUGAGCGCUCAUACCAUUUUAUGUGAUUUCUUGCCUCAAUACAUCGCAGCUUAUAGAGAUUCAAUCCAUCCAUUCAUUUUCUAUUCCCGCUUAUUCAUGCAGGGUAGCUUGUCCAUACACCCUAUCCCUGCUGACUACAGGAUUGGUUGCCAGUUAACCACAGAGCAGACACACAGACAGCUAUACACAUUUGCACCCACCACUCACACCUAUGUUUAUUGAACCUAUGUGUAUCUUUUUGUGACUGUAGGAGGAAGCCGGAAUUCCCGGAGAAAAUCCCCACAGGCACUGGGGGAACAUGGAAAAUCCCCACAGAAGGGCCCAGACUGGGACUCGAACCCCUUUUGCUGUGAGGUGACAGUGCUAACCACUGCACCACUGCUCUACUUAUACAAAUUAAUUAAACUAAUUCAAUUUUCUUCUAAAAUUACUUUUCUUAUGUUCAGGAAAAGAAAAAAAAUUUUUUUCAAUAAAUUAUUAGAUUGUUAGAUUCUGCCAGGUUAACUAAGUAAGGUUAACUGCUGGAACCUCCUUUUGGCACAAUAUAACAGCGAAAGUGGAAUUAACAGAGUGACCUCACAUAUUUGAAUAAAGAUCAGAAACAAGCCCCAGGAAGGAAUAUGUUUUCAAUUACGUUAUGGAAAAACAACCUUUGUGUACUGUAACUCUACCUUUGUGGUGUUAUACUCUUUGUCACUAUUCAAAGUACAGAGGCAGCUGGUGUGUGAUAGCCCACAAGCAGGUGCAGCAGAUACUGAGUAAACAAAGAUUUCAUUCAGGGGAAGAGGAAGAGGAAGACAAUAGACAAUAGGUUUCAUAGUUAUAAAACACACCUACAGGGAAGUAGCAUGCAUUACAGGUGUUCAAGAUUUAGAAUGAAUAAAAGCAAAUCAAAACGAGAAAUACAUUGAAAUACAAUACACAUUGGAUAAAUUACACAACUCCAUUACUUGAUUCAAAAGUUAGUUCAUUUAAAUUUGUACUUGACUAAAAGUACUGGAGUAUUUCCUUUUAAAAUUGCAGUACUUAAGUAUUCAGCAGCCAGUGCAUUCAUGUCAAACCACUGAUGUGAAUCUGCUGCCUCUGUGCUGUUACUAAUAGUGCUGCAUUUACUUGAAAUAUAUUUAAACACAUAUUUCAUAUAUAUAUAUAUAUAUAUAUAUAUAUAUAUAUAUAUAUA